GCUGGUUUGCAAUAAAAAUAAUAAUCUAUUAACCCCCAACCAGACACGUUACUUUGACAGCUAUCGCCUGUCAAGUGUCAGUAGAUGUUACAUUGAUUCCGCUGUUUAUUUUCAGAGGUUAUAAAUUCUACAAUAUUUUUUUAUCCGGGGAGACAGUAAAGAUUCUUGCAAAAUGAGUGCGUGUAAUGUGGACGUGGUAAAAUUGGUUGGUAAAUAUUUUAAUGUUCCGGUGGGGACUAUCUGUUAUAAUACUGAUAAGGUUUUAACGACUAUUUUAGACAAGCAAAAUGUUGAAGGCUUUGCGACAAUCAUUUUACGAUUAGCUGAAAAGAGUGGUGGAAAAAUGAGCCAGGAACAGAGAUUACUUAGUUACCAGUGGUUAGAAUAUAUCGCUAUGUAUGCCAACCAAGCAGUUAGCAACCCGGCUUUCGCCAAAAACUUUUUACAGGACAUAAAUAGAGCCCUCGAAAAGAACACUUAUUUGACUGGACACUAUUUAACUGUGACAGAUGUAGCUGCAUAUUAUGUACUUUAUCCAAUUAUAGAACACUUAACUGUAAGUGAGCGAGAACCAUUUAUCAACACAUGCCGGUGGUUAAAACAUAUACAAGCACAACCAAAAGUGUGUAAAACAAAACCACCUCUUCCUUUGAAAACCAUUGCCCUCUCAGUACUUGCACCUGCUGUCCAUUGACUUAGAGAAUCUGAAAUUAUUUGAUCAGUUAUAAUAAUGCUUUAGAAUUAAGGAUGUGAAAAAAGAACAGUCUAAAAACAUUUAAAAAAAAAUUGGUGUGGUAACAGAAUCCAAUUACAAAGUAAUGUAUAACACGAUAACAGGACUUAUCAGUAUUAUUGAAUGUAAUAAAACUAUUUAUAUUUCAAACAAUUUACAAUUUGGCACAAUGUAAAAAUAUGUAUUGAUAAUUCUGAAUUUGCUCAAUGUGUAAAGUGAAAUGUUUAAUGUGUUUAAUGAUGACAUAUUUAUUGACUGGUGUAAUAUAAUAAACCUUUUUUUUUAAGUUAAAUAUUGACAUAACAUUAUUUGUACAUUUAUAAAAUGGUGAAUAGGACUAAGGGAGUAAAAAGGAACUAUAUUUAUAUGAAUGUAUUGACAUCGAAAUAAAAUUUGUGUUCUGACUUUAUUGAAGUUUAUUAUUUAAAUUAUUAUGGCCAAGUUUCAAAGGCGCAAAACCUAAACUAUUGUAUCUGCUGUCGAUAAAAAGAAAUUAUUUUGAGCGAAAUAAAUUUGUAAGAAUUGUUAGUAGAACAGGUAUUUUUAAGUAAUUGAAGUUAUUUUAUCUGUGAAAUUUCGUUCCGUUUUACUCCUAGAUCUUAUUCAUCCUUUAGGUACAUUGCUGUUUUUAUGAUAAAUACUAAUUUAUACUUUCAGUCAUCUAAUUCGCCAGUAAAAAUUCGGUUACCAUUGCCUAAUCAAUUAUUACCACAUGAAUUAAAGAAUGUUAGUUUGGAAAACCCUGUGGUCUACCAUCCACAACCUUUUGCAUUCCCUGGAUACCCUGUCAUACUGUACUUGUGAUAGUGUUUGUAACAAAUAAUUAAAAAAUAAACACAAUGUUGCAUGCAGAA